CUCAUAAAAAGGAAGACAGCAGCAGAUGCAAUCACGGAUGUGGCUUAGUCCUCGCAGCUGCCCCGGAGAGCUAGAGCUGUUCAGUGUGUAAGAUCCUCAGUAAUGAACCCAGAAGAGCGAGUCGUGACAUGGCUUAUAUCUUUGGGAGUUUUAGAUUCCCCCAAAAAGACCAUCUGUGAUCCGGAGGAAUUCUUGAAGUCCUCGCUGAGAAAUGGGGUAGUACUGUGCAAACUGAUCAACAGACUCGUUCCUGGCUCAGUGGAGAAGUAUUGUCUGGAGCCCCAAACUGAAGCCAACUGUAUCAGCAACAUCAAUGACUUCCUGAAAGGAUGUGCUGCCCUUCAAGUGGAAGUAUUUGAUCCUGAUGACCUUUAUUCAGGGGUCAAUUUCUCCAAGGUUCUGAGUACUCUUUUAGCUGUUAAUAAAGCAACAGAAGAUCAGCUAUCAGAAAGACCAUGUGGACGGUCCUCUUCUCUUAGCACUGCUAAUAGUUCCCAGACAAACCCACAGGGAGCUGUUUCUAGCACAGCUGCAGGGCUUCAAAGCCAGUCAAAGGCAGUGGAGAUGACGGAAAAUGGAAGUCACCAGUUGAUAGUAAAGGCAAGAUUCAACUUCAAGCAGACUAAUGAAGAUGAAUUGUCAGUCUGUAAAGGGGACAUCAUUUAUGUCACUCGGGUUGAAGAAGGAGGCUGGUGGGAAGGCACAUUAAAUGGCAGAACAGGCUGGUUCCCUAGUAAUUAUGUCCGAGAAAUUAAACCCAGUGAGAGACCUUUGUCCCCUAAGGCUGUCAAAGGAUUCGACACUGCUCCACUUACGAAGAAUUACUAUACUGUGGUAUUACAGAACAUCCUGGACACCGAAAAAGAAUAUGCUAAAGAGCUCCAGUCUCUUCUUGUUACUUACCUGAGACCCUUGCAGUCUAAUAACAAUCUAAGUUCUGUGGAGUUUACAUGUUUACUGGGGAACUUUGAAGAGGUAUGUACAUUUCAACAGACACUCUGCCAAGCUUUGGAAGAAUGUUCAAAGUUUCCAGAAAACCAACACAAAGUUGGAGGCUGUCUACUCAACCUCAUGCCUCAUUUUAAAUCUAUGUACCUGGCUUACUGUGCAAAUCAUCCUUCAGCUGUAAAUGUGCUCACCCAACACAGUGAUGAUCUAGAACGAUUCAUGGAAAAUCAAGGUGCAUCAAGCCCGGGUAUCCUCAUUUUAACAACAAGCCUCAGCAAACCAUUCAUGCGACUGGAAAAGUAUGUUACUCUUCUGCAAGAGUUGGAACGGCAUAUGGAGGACACUCAUCCUGAUCAUCAGGACAUUCUGAAAGCAAUCAUAGCAUUCAAAAUGCUCAUGGGACAGUGCCAAGAUUUGAGAAAGAGGAAACAACUGGAGUUGCAGAUACUGUCUGAACCCAUUCAGGCAUGGGAAGGAGAGGAUAUUAAAACCUUGGGAAAUGUGAUCUUUAUGUCACAAGUAAUUGUGCAGUAUGGAAGCUGUGAGGAAAAAGAGGAACGGUAUCUUAUGCUGUUCUCAAAUGUCUUGAUAAUGUUAUCUGCAAGUCCUCGGAUGAGUGGCUUUAUUUAUCAGGGAAAAAUACCAAUAGCAGGCAUGGUGGUGACUAGGCUAGAUGAAAGCGAGGGCAACGACUGCACAUUUGAAAUCAUGGGUAACAUGGUAGAGAGAACUGUGGUCCAUUGCAACAAUAGCCAGGACUUCCAGGAAUGGUUGGAGCAGCUGAGCAGACUGACCAGAGGACCAGCCUCUUGCAGUUCAUUAUCCAAAACAUCAUCAUCGUGUAGUGCUCAUUCCUCUUUUAGCUCUACCGGACAGCCCCGAGGACCCUUGGAGCCUCCUCAAAUUAUAAAACCGUGGAGCUUAAGUUGCCUACGACCUGCACCUCCACUUAGACCAUCAGCAGCACUAGGUUAUAAAGAGAGGAUGUCUUAUAUCUUAAAGGAAUCUAGUAAGAGCCCUAAAACGAUGAAGAAGUUUCUUCACAAAAGAAAAACAGAGAGAAAAGCAUCUGAAGAGGAAUAUGUGAUUAGGAAAAGUACGGCUGCCCUGGAAGAGGAUGCUCAGAUUCUUAAGGUGAUCGAAGCCUAUUGCACCAGUGCCAAUUUUCAACAAGGUGCUCGCAAAGAUUCCGUCCCACAAGUCUUACUCCCUGAGGAAGAAAAACUCAUUAUUGAAGAAACCAGAAGUAAUGGCCAGACUAUCAUUGAGGAAAAGAGCCUUGUUGAUACUGUUUAUGCCUUGAAGGAUGAGGUAAAAGAACUGAAGCAGGAGAAUAAGAGAAUGAAGCAAUGCCUGGAAGAAGAACUGAAGUCAAGAAAGGAUCUAGAAAAGCUGGUGAGGAAGCUGUUGAAGCAAACAGACGAGUGCGUGCGAGCUGAAUCCAGUAGCAAGACCUCACUGCUUCCAUAACCGUCACUGUGUGCUGGGCGGAGUGUCUUUAGCACUUCUUGAAAUGGCCAGCUGAAUGAUGUAACUCCAUCUGUGUACUUCUUCAACUUUUGCUUUGUGUUGGGAUCUCUCUCCUUCCCAUUCCUCCUCCACCUCCUCUCUCUCUCUCUCUGUAUCUUUCUCUCUCUCUCUGUUUUCUUAAGUGUUUGUUGAUGCUUUGUUGUUGAUUGUCAUUUGUUUCAAUAGGGGAAAGAGCAUGACAUGGCAGUAGAAAUGGCCCCAAUAGUUUGCUAUGCCCAACAGUCCUUUACUACCUAGUUCUAAUUCACUGAAGGCAAAGCUUCUUGAGCUAUGUCUAGAGUAGGUGAAGCUAACACAUUUAUCUAAUGAGUCAGCUGUCCUUUCCUAGACUGUCGCAUGGCCCCCUUCCAUCACACUUUUAAAAAAUUGCUCCGUGUUAUCUCUUAAGACCAAGAACAGUGUGGUGCCCUUAUUCCCUUUGUCCUGUUGUACCUUUAAAGUCAGCUGGGGCAGGAGCUCCAGCUGUCAAUGCCAGCACCAAACCCAUCAGCAAAUUCCUUCAGGAAAUACUCCCCUUUAGCAGUAGGGCAGAGCAGCUUGGUGGAGCAGCUGUUCCCAUCGCAUGAUAGCCUUGCACCCCAGCCUUCUCCCACCAUUUAAGUUUUCUACCUCCCCCAUGCUUUCAGCCGUCCAUCCCAAGUGGCGUGUAAACUAGUGUGAAUGUGCUCACUUUUAAUACAUAGUUAGACUGUGAGCAGUGACUCUCCCUUGAAUAUUCAGACUGUAGCCUUUCAUCUUUUAAAUAAUCUGGGUUAAGAAAAUAUUGAUCCCUAGUGAUAUCUUGCAUCCAUUCUAUCACUUUCUCAUUUCUGUGGUGAUAACUUAGAAUCAUCAUUGGCCUCUUUGGAGUAGGCCUUGAAGAGGAAAUUCAGAUAUGAACUACUGCUCCAGUUUGUAUAUCCAGAACAAAAGGGCCCCUCCACUAGUUGUGUUGGUUGCCAGUGAAGCUAAAUAUUUGAAACUGGUUUAUUCAAGUUGCCUAUCAUGUCAAACCAUUAACUUUGUUAGUAGUCUAGAAAUCUGAACUGUGAGAAGCUGUGUUUAGAAGAGAACACUGCAAAUUCAACACAAGUCAAGGUGGGCUAGAGCUCCAAGACAGCGGCAUGCAGACAUGUCUGCCUCCUUAGAUGGCAGAACAAUAGUAGGCCACAUGGAGGAGGUCACGGGGAAAAGGGAGAACACCAAUCGGCUGAUCAAAGUCUUACCCAUAGUCAAAGUAAAGGCUAAUUUGAAACUAAACUUGAAGCUUGAAAGCUUGUUGAGGUGCCCUUUCCUUUAUGAUAUGGAGGGUCUCAUGGUUUCCAUAAUUUCACGGUACAGGGCUGCCGUCUCUGCUACAUGGCAGACAUUACAGCACCCACAGGAAGAGGAAUAUUCCCAAAGGCCAGCCUCAACCAACCUCACACAGCCAUUUUUGGAAGCUGAAGAGUGAAGUUUUCUAAAAAUGGCUGUUCUGUUUUUAAGCCCAGAAGUUUAGAUAAGACAUCUUUCAUCUAAAAUUUUUAAAAUCAAGCAACAGUAGCAACCCAGAUGUUCAUAUGUACCCUGUCUGUGGUUAGUCAAUGGCUUGCAAUAAAUGUGCAAACUUUGUCCAUAGGAAACGUUUUUUUUUUUUGUGAUUACCAAAUAUUUUAGUUGGUUGCUUAAGACAUUGAAAGGUGUUUAAAGGAAUGUGUACAUAUGCAUGUUUUGGGGACUUGGCCCUUCUGAGGAGAGGCCCUUGGUACUCUGGGUAAUGAAGCUUCUGCAGAGUGCUGCCCGCGCUUACACACUAAACAAUAAUAUAAAGGAAAUGAAGCCAUGUUAACCCGACAGCAGUGUCUCUGUAGUUGUGUUGUUUACAAUACUCUAGAAAUGAGUUCCUGUUACUCUGUAAUUAAACUGCUGCCCUUAGAGGCCUUUCAGUUUCUUCUCUGUCAUGUCUCUUCUUACAAAAGCUCAGAUUUUCUAACUUGUUUUUAUUUUAAAGACUUUUAAAAUUGACAUUUUCAAUAAAUAAGAAUAAAAAGUGCUUUAUAAAUAA